AUGCAGCGCUCAGCCCCCAGUGUGCUAAUACUGACAGCACCCUAUCCCACCAUGCCACCCGGCCCACUCACCGCUCUUCAUUCCCCAUGCCCCUCUCGCCCCGCCCACCCUUCCCUCCGCCCCCCCCCCCCACCCCAACCCAUCAACCAGCUCCCCUACCCAGUCCGGUCCCUUGCCCAACAGUUCUCACCUAACACACCCCGGGGCCAAAUACGUGCCACACCUUACCAUCCUUCCACCCCCGCACCUGCAGCCUAUAACACCGGUGAUACGCUGCUGCCCCCCUACCCCGCCCCGUCCACUAACUCGGCCCCGCCUCCCUAUCCGCUCCUGAUGACACACACCCCGCGCACGUCGCCGUUCGGUGCAUGCCCCAUCUCCGUCCCUUCACCCCCCUCGUAUCCCCAUUUCGUUACCCCCCCCGCAAUCCCUCCCACCCCACUAUCCAUCUAA